UCACAAGGCCAUUUUUUUUUAUGCCAACAGGUACCGUGUCAGACACUCAAGAUAAGCAUCUUAGCAACGAAACCUGGUGACUCCGCUAUCUCGAGAGAACGUGACGUCAGCCUGUGCUGUUACUGCUGCUGCUGCUGUCGGGCUCGAUUUGGCCGCAGUGAGGAGCGACUGGACGGAGGAGACGAGGCUUCGCAACUUUGAAAACACUUCUCAAUGAAUUACGAAAACCCUCCACCAUAUGCAAGCCCACCUGCUCCAUACCCGCCAUAUGGCCAGCAACCAGGCUAUCCAGUUCCAAACCAAUAUCCUGGCAAUCCUCCAGGACCAGUAGGAUACCAGCCAGGACAGCCAGGACAACCAGGCUAUCAAGGAUAUCCGCAAUAUGGAUGGCAGGGACCUCCACCCGCUAAUGCACCAGUUUAUAUGGAUGCCCCUAAAAAUACAGUAUAUGUUGUAGAAGAAAGAAGAAACGAUACAUCGGGAGAGAGUGCCUGCCUUACUGCUUGCUGGACUGCCCUGUGUUGCUGCUGCCUUUGGGACAUGUUGACCUAAAUUUGGCUCCAUGUUUGUUGUUGCUCUUUGUUUAUUUAUUAUUGAUUCAUUAUUAAUUUUCUUUUCUUGAUCGUUGUUUUUCCAAAAAUGCCAUUACCUUUUUACUUACUUACUUACUUACUUUUCUUUUUCUGCUUUGUUCGUUGAAAUAUUUUCAUUUGCCAAUCACAUUAUUAAUGUAAAUGCAAUCUGCAAUAAUACAGCUGUUUUACAUAUUAAAUCAACAUUAAAAAUGAACAGUAUAAUUACUGUUUGCGAUAUUUUA